AUGUGCAUUGUAUCUCAUGGUCGACCAGCUAUGCGCAAACAAUUUCAUCCCAAUAGGAUACUGAUUAUUCCUCCAUUGAAAGAUGAUAGAUACGGUUGUUUCCAUAUCAAGUUGAUGCUUCUAUUUCACCAAGACUCUAUGCGUGUUGUCAUUGGAUCAGCUAAUUUGGAAUCAUAUGAUUACAAUGAUCUGGAAAAUGUGGUGUUCAUUCAAGACUUCCCAAAUCGUUCUGAUGAUAAAUCUCAUAGCAGUGAUUGGAAAGACCUACCUCGAUUUGCGAAUGAUCUAUGUGAGUUAUUGGAUGAAAUGCAUGUACCGACUUCAGUGAAGGAAGAAAUGGCAAGAUAUGAUUUUACGAAAGCAUCUGCUCAUAUUGUGGCAUCCGUGUCUGGUAUUUUUGAAGGGGACAAUAAGCAUCGAAAGUAUGGACAUACUCGGCUGGCUGAUAUUAUUACUGAAAUGGGUGCGGCGGAUCCUUCAAGAAAGCCCAAAGUCGAAAUGCAGACAUCAUCUCUUGGAGCAUUAUCGAAAUCAUAUUUACAAGAACUAUAUACCUCUUUCUGUGGCAUUCAUCCUCAUUCCGAUCAAAACAAGUCCAAACGAAAAACUGAUUCAUCGUUCCCACCAAUAGAUAUUAUCUAUCCUUCCAUGGACACUGUCAACUCCUCACGAUUGGGCCCGUCAGGUGCAAGUACUAUCUGCUUGAAUAGAACAACAUGGCAAAAAUCUACUUUUCCCAAGGAAAUUAUGUGUGACAGCAUCAGUCAUCGGCCAGGCACAUUGAUGCAUUCCAAGAGAAGUCACAAUGCGACUACUUCUGCUUGGGGAAAACUUACUUUAUCUAAGCAAACAAAACAACCAAAAAUGAAUAUUAGCAAUUGGGAAUUAGGUGUCGUUUUACCUAUUACUGAUGAUAGUGAUUUUCCAUCCCCUUAUAUACGACCUGCACCAAGAUAUAAACCAGGCCAACAAGCAUGGACUCAAGAUAUGGACUAUUGA